AUGUAUGGUGCAUGGUCGUGUAGAUACUGCACUCUUCUGAACGAUAAUACAUCUCUGUUCUGUGCUUCCUGUGGAUCACAGAAUCCAACUUCAUCGAGCAGUUCUAUUUUACAUCCUCCACGUGUGCAAUUGUUCAAACGGCCGAAAAUCUCAUUAAGUGGUGCUUUAAAUGCAAUCAGUUCGGCUUUAACUGAUAUUCAAAUACUACCUGCUGUUUUUGGCUUAUCACGAUCUUCAUCUUGUCAUAAUCUUGCGUCAUAUUCUCCUCCUUCACCAACGAAGGUGUACCCACCAACGAUACCGUGUCAAGCUAUUUCAACAUCAUCAUUCCAACUAUUGCAAGAUGAUGAAAAAGAAGCUGCGUCCGAGUUUGAUCGGAUUGUUGGAUUUUGCAACUUGUCCAAUAAAGGCUUGCUGUUAUGGUAUCUUGUGUUGAAAGCAGACAGUUUCGUAAAUUCAACAUUUUCUUCGUUGGAUAAAGUUGAUGCCACUGCAAGAGAAAAUAAUAUGCCGUUUAUUGACGAUAGUUUCCCCCAUUCAAAAAAAUCUAUUGGUAAUUUCAUUAUUGAUGGAAGAUUAAAUGGUAAAAAGAUAAGUGCAGACCAUUUCAUCUGGCUUCGACCACAAGACAUAUACACGAAGGAUGGCAAACGUUAUAGAUGGUCCGUAUUUUUAGAUCCCAAACCAUCGGAUAUCGAGCAGGGUUGCCUAGGUAAUUGCUGGUUUUUGUCAGCUUUAGCAGUUAUCGCUGAAAGACCGGAUAUUCUGGAUCAAAUUUUUCUAACAAAAGUUUAUAAUCCUUGGGGAGUCUAUCAAAUACGACUGUGUGUUGAUGGCCACUGGCGGGUAGUUCUUGUCGAUGAUUUUCUUCCGUGCCAUUCUCAAACUCGUGGAAUUGCUUUUGCUGUUGGACGACGCAAUCAGCUUUGGGUUCCCUUGAUCGAGAAAGCACUUGCAAAAAUACUUGGCUGUUAUGCAAAGUUACCUGCUGGACGUACACUGGAAGGUCUCGCAAUACUUACUGGUGCACCAUGUACAUUUCUCGAUCUUGAAAACUGCACGGACUACGAUUUGAUUUGGGCCCAUCUUCUUAGUAUGAGAAUACUGACAAAGCUACGAUUUUCAGGGAAGCAGGUUUUAUUAUGGGUUGCAGUUGUGGUAGCGGAAGAAAUAAUAGUUGUUCGCUUGCGAAAUCCGUGGGGUACGUUUACCUGGAAUGGACCUUGGUGUGACACGUGGUCAGGUUGGGAUGAAUCAAGUCGUCGAAUUUUGUUACCACAUGGUCCGGAAGCGGGAGCGUUCUGGAUGCCUUUUCAAGAUUUCAUGCAACGAUUUGAUUCUGUCGAAGUGGCUAAGGUACGGUCAGCACAAGGUUGGAAGGAACUUCGGGUUGAUUGUACAAUACCCCAGUUCUGGGGUAAAGGAAACAUUUUGGGUUUUCAACUUCAAAUCGAAGAACCUACGGAAUUAGCUAUUACCGUUUAUCAGAAAGGAUCUCGUGAUCGAUGUGAUAGUGAUAUAAUAGUGUUACUCCAUAGAAAUGGUCCUUGUAAUACACGAAUAGGUGAACUUAUCGUAAGAUCAUUCCGUCGCACUAUAGCAUUUGCAAGUACUAAAGAUGUUUUUUUAAAUGGUCCAGCUUUGUACACUAUACUUGCUGUAUCCUUUAGUAAUAUGUCGGAUCCAGUUUCAAUUGAAACUGUUGUUGCUGUUCACAGUUCAAAAAUGGUAAUGGUGGAAGCUUACUGUUUUUCAUCAUCAGUUGUUGCUCAUUCGAUGAUUGAAAUGUGUUUGAAAGAGGGCCAAAAUGCACCGGUUUAUUGCGAUUGUUCGCAGUCGACUAAUGUACUUUCAACACGUGCAAGUCUUAUUUCAUUAGACGUGAUACCACCAAUGCAUCGUCAGAUUGUAAUGUUGCUCACACAUUUUGAAACAACGCAAAUGUAUACCAUUCAUCACAAUCUAAAGCAACGUCUUGUAUCGUCGCGCGGUUUACAAGAUUGGUUAUCACUUGCGCCCAGAGAGCUUUCUCUACCCUUUUAUACGGAGCAUGUUCCAAUUAUUGAAAAUCCUUGUGUGAAUUCACUUCAUAAACCUCGUAGAAUCGGGUGA